CAAUCCCACUCACCUUCCCACCAUUACUCCUUUAAGCUCCAUCACCAUCAUGAUUCCACCUCACACUCAACUACUGCCAUUACUAUCAUCUUCCACCUUAUGAUUCAAUCCAAAAGCCAAGCUAGCACAUGGAAACAGCUGCAUAAGUAGGCAGCAUCCACUGCUUCUUUUCCCCCGGAGAGACACCAAAACCAAAUUCCAUCCUUGCUCCUCCCCAGUUUUUGUUUCACGUCAGUGGUGAAGAGAAAAAGAGAGUGAAUAGGAAGAGAGUGAAAUUAAGGAUUCUGAAUACUAGGUUGUGCUCGGGAGGAAGUCAUAAAUCGAUCCACGGAGUUAGAAUUCAGUUUGGAGGUCGUUAGAAGUCUCGUCGGAGCUUCGCCGGAACGUCGCCGGAGUGUCGCCGGAUUCUGGAAAAAUAAACUUCAACGAAACUUCAAAAGAUGAAUAUGGUUGCGAAGAGGGCGAUCUCAGGAGCGUCACGGUGUCGACGAAAUCGAAUUCGGACGUCGGAUGAGGGAGAACCGAGUCUCCCAAGUUUGAGGAAGAAUAUGCCAACCAUCCAGGAUCGUGAGAACGAGGAGAAUAUUUUGAAACCAAGAUAUGGAAUGUCCUGAGCUUUCACAGAAUCGGAUUUCGUCAUAAAUAAGAUGUGACAGGUGUGAUAAAUUGAGGAUGACUCUGGCACUGCACAAUGAUCGAUGGAGGAGUUUUGAUUUAAAAGGUUUUUCACUUAUUGGUGUAUUCUAGAAUCCUUAUUUCACGAUUCGGGUUUUGAGCAUGCAUGAUAGUUUACAAUGGUCAAGCAUGAUCAUUAACUUGAGUUGAGUAUGAAUGGAGUACAUAAGACUGAUAGUAUGGGUUUGGUGAAUCCUGAAUUUGACGAAGAUGGAUUAAUGAAUUGAGAAUAUGAUUUUUAGUAAUUGUUAUGAUGAGUUGAAUUUUAAACAUAUGAGAAUGAUGUGGAUGUCAGUUGAGUCAAGAUUUUGAAAACGUAAACCCCGAGUGUUUUCCGCUGCGCGGUUGAACCAUUGGUUCGACCCAUGAUUUUAGGGUGGGGUGUUACAAGUGGUAUCAGAGCCC